AUGACGAUUCCACCAACCGCUAUACCUGACGACGGCCACUGCACCUCCCGCCACACCUCCGGUCGAUUUUACUCUCGACGCCGAUCCAUGACAUGUACGAUUUUUGAAUACUAUACUCUUAGAAUUAUGCCUUGUACCGGUUCGAUUUUUGUCUGUAAUCUUGGUUUAGAAGUGGCGAAGCAUAGCUUCAAAGGGAGAAAUUCUCCUCCUCGCAAAAUUUCGUACAAUGCCACAUCCUCGUCGACCUCCCCUCUCACUGGAAUGCCAUCGUGCACUGAUAUCAAAAAGGAAUUUCCUUCAUGGUUUAUAGAAAAGAUUUAUUGUCUCCAAAAAGAUAUGCCUUCGGAUUGUACUGACGAAUUAAAAGCGAUGGCAUAUGAUGAAGAAAUCAAUAAUGAAAACUAUGACAUUGAUGAUGAUGUUGUACAUGUAUAUUGUUCUAGUGAUGAAUCUGAUUGGCGAUGGCAAAAGUUGCGAGGGGACACGGAGGAGACGGUGGGGAUAGACCUCCACACGGGGUUGCAUGCAGUGUACCAUCAGGUUACCAAUCUUCACAAGCGAAGAAUACUGAUCUCAAAUCUGGUGGGAUCACAAGUACCGUUACCUUGUCAUAUUUGGCGUCGUGUUCCUACCAAGUACAAAGAUGAUUUAUAUCCCGAGUUAGAGGUAUCGGGGCACAAACUUAUGGGAACCCCUUUGAGCGGAUCCUAUGCUCAACGAUGUCAUUUAGAGGAAAAAAUGGGAAUCAAGCCACAACAUAUUGAGGGUUGGAGACAAAUGCGCUACAAAGAAGAUUCGGGUUAUUGUACAACUCGAGCAAAAGAAGAUUGGGAGAAAAUUCAAGAGGAAUAUGAGAAAAUGCAAAACGAGAUUGGGGAAGUUGGAGAAGUAAACGAGGAAGAAUGUUUAGAACGUGCCCUUGGGACGAGACGCAGCCAUGCUCGCGGGGUAGAAGCAACUACCUCUCAACAAUUUGCCGAAAGGAUGGGAGAAGGAGAAGACGGAGAAGACGAUUAG